AACGCUGAAAAUACAUUAUUCGACGUGACUUAAUUGAUUUAGGAAGAUGAAUUCUUUGAAUGAAUUUGAUCCUGUGAAAUAACUAAAGCAUGCAGAGGAAGAAACCCUUGAGGAAUUUAUGCGCAAUUCGAUUUGUCACGCUACAAAAAUGUGAGCGACGUUCAAUCUUUUCAAAAACUGCAAUUCCCGCAAGCAAUAUGUCACGUCAGGAAUUUGAAUCAGCUGAUCUGAAAAGUGGAGGUUUGAGAAGGAUUUGAUUUAUUGCCAGCUCGUUGGGCAUCAAAACAUCUUGCACGAAUGGAUAGAAAUCACAGUGCGUUGACGGAGGACAAACAUAAUGGUGAACGAGAGCGUGGGCUACACGGAUGAGCAACGAUGGAACCAAUCGGCUGCAGAGGACCAACGAAACCUGGAAAUCGAAUUCCUACCUUCGUGGAGUGAUCUCGUACUCGCAGCUUUGUUCUCGAUCCUCAUUGUCGUCACCAUUGUUGGCAACACGCUGGUGAUCGCCGCAGUAAUUACGACGAGACGACUGCGGUCCGUCACUAAUUGUUUCGUGUCCAGCCUGGCAGCUGCGGAUUUAUUGGUUGGUCUGGCAGUGAUGCCACCAGCCGUACUAUUGCAACUAAAUGGUGGUUCCUGGAAACUGGGUGAAAUUCUAUGCAUAGCUUGGGUCUCUCUGGAUGUUCUUUUGUGUACAGCCAGCAUCCUCUCGCUAUGCGCUAUAUCCAUAGACAGGUACCUUGCUGUGACGCAGCCCCUAAUCUACAGUAGACGACGAAGAAGCAAGAGACUGGCGGCAUUGAUGAUAGUCGUCGUUUGGGUCUUGGCAGGGGCCAUAACUAGUCCACCUUUAUUAGGCUGUUUUCCACAGGCCACAAAUCGAGACAGCACAAAAUGUUCAUAUAACAUGGACUCAUCCUACGUCAUAUUUUCAGCAAUGGGAUCCUUUUUUAUUCCAAUGCUCGUUAUGCUCUAUGUCUAUGCCAGAAUUUCCUGUGUUAUCGCUGGAAGGCACAGGAACCUAGAGGCAACUGAAAGCGAAAACUUUGGGCGUCGUCGUCCUUUGAUAAGUAAACGGACGAAAAGCAUAAUAAAGAAGAACAAGUCAGAUGUAAAUACAGCUUCAGAGGGCACUGUUGAUAAUUUUGAUAAGUCUGCUAACCAAUCCGAGGCUGCAAGUACAUGCAGAAAGCUUGGAACUAUUCGUACUCAUCAUCAUAGUUGCAUCAACAGGGUAACCCGGGAAACAAAGACUGCUGGUACUUUAGCGGUGGUUGUAGGCGGGUUUGUGGCCUGUUGGCUACCAUUCUUCAUCCUUUAUUUAAUCACUCCUUUUCUUCCUAUGGAGCCUUCGAAUAUUCUCAUGCAAGGUCUCACGUGGUUAGGUUGGAUCAAUUCAGCUAUUAACCCUUUCAUAUAUGCCUUCUACUCGGCUGACUUUAGACUAGCAUUUUGGCGACUUACCUGCCGCAAGUUUUGCGGAAGCAGAACUCCAUUAAAUCAAGUCGAUCGCAAUAUUCCACCGCCUGCCAGCUGGAGAAAGGAAACAUCAAAAACUUGAGUCAUGGAAACUAAAGUGUGAUUUGAAAUAUAAAUAUGCGGAAAUUUGUUGUUCACCAUUCAAUACGAGCAUCAGUUGUGAUUCCUUAAGUGGAAAAAGACACCGAUUAAGUGGAAUCGAAAAGAUUGAUCAGACUACUGUCAUGAGGAAUGGAGAGAAGAAAAGUGAAAACUUGAUGAGAGCAAUUCACAGAAUAAGAGCUUUUUGAGAAUAAUUAAAAUGAUAAUAGAAAAAUUUUUUUAAAUAAUCUAGAAAAUAAUGUGUAAGUUUAGGUGUGACUGAAUAAAAAUAUGUACCUUCUUACCAAACUCAAACUUGCUAUCGACCUGCUUUACCACAUUUUCUAAGACAUUUU